AUGUUGGAAGGAUUGGUAGCCUGGGUCCUCAACACCUAUUUGGGCAAAUACGUUAACAACCUGAACACAGACCAGCUUUCAGUUGCUCUUCUAAAGGGUGCUGUUGAAUUGGAAAACUUGCCACUAAAAAAAGAUGCCUUAAAGGAAUUGGAAUUACCAUUUGAAGUAAAGGCAGGUUUCAUUGGCAAAAUAACACUACAGAUACCUUUUUAUCGCCCACAUGUGGAUCCAUGGGUGAUAUCUGUCUCAAAACUGCACUUAAUUGGUGCACCAGACAAAAAAGAAGAUUUUGAUGAGGAAAGGGAGAAGUUGCAAGAAAGAGAACACAAGAAAGCCUUUCUUCUAGCACUUGAAGAAAAAUGGAAAAAAGAGCGACAGCAGAAAGGGGAAUCUUACUGGUACUCAGUUACUGCAUCAGUAGUCACAAGAAUUGUAGAAAACAUUGAAUUAAAAAUUCAGGAUGUCCAUUUGAGGUUUGAAGAUGGCGUCACAAAUCCUUUGCAGCCAUUUGCGUUUGGCAUAUGCAUCAAAAAUGUAUCAAUGCAAAAUGCAGUAUUUGAACCUGUUGAGAAGCUGAUGCGGAAAAAACAGUUGGAUGUUGCCGACUUCAGUGUUUAUUGGGAUACCAACUGCACUUUAUUGGGUGACCUGCCUCCUGGGCAGCUACAGGAAGCAAUGGAUAAAAGUAUGGAAAGUCGUGAUCAUAAUUACAUCAUGGAACCUGUAUGCACUUCUGCUCUUCUUAAGAGAAAUUGUUCCAAGGAGCCUUUAAAAUCACGCCAGACUCCACGGCUUGAGUGUGACAUUCAUCUUGAGACUAUACCCUUGAAACUUUCCCAGAUGCAGUAUCAGCAGAUCAUGGGAUUUUUAAAGGAACUGGCUAGAAAGGAACGACAGCUUAAAUUCAGGAAGUGGAGACCAAAGGUUACGGUAACAGAGAACUGCCGAGAAUGGUGGAUCUUUGCCUUGAAUGCUAAUCUUUCGGAGAUCAGGGAGCAGAGGCAACGUUCUACCUGGGAGUUCGCAUUACAUCGGGCCCAAGAUGCAGUGUCUUACACUGACAUGUAUUACAGCAAGUUGAAGGGGGAACCACUGUCUGCUACAGACCAGGCAGAAAUGCGUCGUAUUGAGGGUGAGCAAACUUAUGAAGAGCUGAAGAUACUAUAUGAGAUAGUUCAUGAUAAAUUUCAUGACCUAGCUGAGAGUGUUAAAGAGCCGUUGCCUGAUUCACCUGGAGGUUCGCCUACAGCAGAAUCUGCACAUGGCAGUAGCACUGGAAUGCUGCAGUAUCUUCAGUCUUGGUUUCCUGGUUGGGGAGGUUGGUAUGGAUAUGCUCAGCAAACAUAUGAAGGUGAACCUUUUGAAGGGCUGCUGCCAGACCCAAAGGAACAGUGGAAUCCAGAAGACAUACUAGGUGCAGAUGAAUUUUUUGAUGCUGCUGCAGAUGCUUCUAGCAUGAAUACCUUUACAAAGAGAGAUCAUGUUUUUGCUAAAUUAAAUCUACAGUUGCAGGGUGGCUCUUUCACUCUGUUGCAUAAGGAGAAGAAGGUGAUGCAUGCUGAGGAGACUGCUUUUAUGCAGCUGGAGUUUUCAGGUGUAAAGAUCUUGGCAGAAUCCCUUCCUCGCAGAAAUUCUUCCCUUCUCAAAGUGCAGCUUGGUGGUCUUUUUCUGAGGGAUUUGGCAACAGAAGGGACCAUAUUUCCUGUUCUUGUUUUCCCAAAUCCUCAAAAAGAGGUUGGCUGCAUGUCUUCCUUUGGACUCCAAAGUUUGUCCUCAGAAAUGACUAAUCAGAACACUGUUGCAGAUCCUGAUGCCCCAGUGUUUGAGAUGCUUUAUGAAAGGAAUCCAAUCCACAGCGAUUUUGAGAGGCGCCUGGAAGUCAGUACCAGACCUCUAAAUAUUAUUUACAAUCCACAAGCCAUUAAGAAAGUAGCUGACUUCUUCUACAAGGGAAGAGUUCAUACCUCAGGUUUCGGAUAUCAGUCUGAGCUAGAGGCAAGAGUGGCCGAAGCUGCCAGAAGACAGUACAACAAGCUGAAAAUGCAGACAAAAGCUGAAAUCAGGCAAACUAUUGAUCGUUUACUAGUGGGAGACUUCAUUGAAAACAGCAAAAGCUGGACCGUGUGCCUUGAUAUUUCUGCCCCUCAGGUGAUCUUUCCUGAUGAUUUCAAGUUUGUGGAUCCAGUGUUAGUUGUUGUGGAUCUGGGAAGAAUAUUACUUACCAAUUCUCAAGAAGAAUCUAAAAGGAGUGCAGAUACUUUUUCUUCAGAAGUCAAUGAAUUGAGUGAUGAGGAAUAUAAAACACCUCUUGCAACUCCUCCCAAUACUCCACCGCCAGAAGCUAACACUAAUAGUGGCAUCAAAAUAUCUGAAUUGGCUGGCGUAGAAAUCAGUGAAGAGCAGCUACAAGCACACUUAAUGAGCAAAAAAAUGUAUGAGAGAUACACACUUUCAUUUAUGGACCUUCAGAUCAUGGUGGGUCGAGUGAAAGACAACUGGAAACAUGUUCAAGAUAGUGGUGUGGGUCCAACUCAUGUGGUAGAAAAAUUCAAUGUUCACCUACAGCUGGAGCGGAGAUUGAUAUACACGUCUGACCCAAAAUACCCAGGAGCUGUCUUGUCUGGCAGUCUGCCAGACUUGAAAAUUCAUAUCAAUGAAGACAAAAUAUUGGCUCUGAAGAACUGUUGUGCGCAGCUUGGCAGUUUGCAUGAUUCUGUAAUGAAUCUAACACAGAGUGUUGUAAUGCUGGAGCAGCAUACGAGGGAAGUUCUUGUUGAAUCUCAGCUGCUCUUGGCUGAAUUCAAAGUAAACUGUAUGCAGUUGGGUGUUGAAAGUAAUGGACGAUAUAUCUCUGUACUCAAGGUUUUUGGCACCAAUGCCCAUUUUGUGAAAAGGCCGUAUGAUGCAGAAGUGUCCCUGACUGUUCAUGGCCUGUUACUGGUUGAUACUAUGCAAACAUACGGAACAGAUUUUGAUCUUUUGAUGGCUUCUCAUAAGAAUCUGAGUUUUGAUGUGCCAACAGGAAGUCUUCGAGACAGCAGGGCUCAGUCCCCUGUUCAUGGACCAUAUGAUGCACGUCCCAUUGAUGUAGCUAGUUUGGCAGAGAGAUGCACUACAGCCUCAAAUACUUCUUCUGGUAACAAUGCAAAAGAUCAAGAGUCCCUGAUAAAAUUAGAGUAUCAGUUUGUGAGUGCAGAAUGUCCAUCGAUGAAUUUGGAUAGCAGUCUGCAAGUGAUCUCUGUACAGGUGAACAACCUGGAUAUCAUCCUUAAUCCAGAGACUAUUGUUGAACUGAUUGGGUUUCUCCAGAAAUCUUUCCCAAAAGAGAAGGAAGUUUCUAGUCCUCAGCCUUUAAUAACUGACUUGGAAAGAGAUUGGAGGGAACAGGAAACCUUCCAGUCUACUUACGUACAGAAUACAGAGGUAGCAGUUGAUAUUCACUGGUUAAAUAUACUCCUCCUGAGGACAGUUGGCAUGACAAAUGGAGAAAAAUAUGGCAGAAAAAUUGCAACAGCCAGUAUUGGUGGCACCAAAGUCAAUGUCUCCAUGUGUAGUAAAUUUGAUGUAAAUGGCUCUCUUGGAUGCCUUCACCUUAUGGACCUAACACAAGAUAGUGUUAAGAACCAGUAUGUUGUCAGCAUUGGGAAUACAGUUAGGUAUGAAAAUCUCAUUGGUGAUGUAGGUCACUUUGAAUCUUUAUUGUUUAGGCUUGAUGACGGAAAUAGCGUUCCAGAUGCUUUAAGCUUCACUUUCACAGAAAAGUCAAAAGAGGAAUGUUCUCUCAACCUCAAAAUGGCCUCCUUACACUACAACCAUUCAGCUAAGUUUUUGAAAGAACUAACUUUGUCAAUGGAUGAAUUGGAAGAGAAUUUCCGCAGCAUGCUGAAAAGUGCAGCUUCAAAAGUUACUACAGUCUUGGCAACUAAAACUGCUGAAUACAGUGAAAUGGUUUCUUUGUUUGAUACAACACCACGAUCAAGAGAUGCUGCCAACUUAGAAGAUAAUGAAGGCUAUGCAUUUGGAUCGCAGUCUCUCAAAACUGAUACUAUUAAGCUUAUAUUAAAUGUAAACAUUGAAUCACCGAUUGUCUCAAUACCUCGAAAGCCUGGUAGCUCUGAACUGCUUGUAGGUCAUCUAGGACAAAUAUCUAUUCAGAAUUUUGUACCAGGAGAAGAUGAAUCUACAAGUGAUAGACUGCAAGUUGAAAUUAAAGAUAUUAAAAUGUAUUCUUUAAACAGCAGUCAAUUUAUGAGCAAGAAGGAGUCUGCAAGUGAAGUAUCUCAUGGGCCGCAUUCUUCUUCAGGUCCUGCCAGUAUUAGUAGCCAGGAAGAAUCCCAUUUUACUCGUCAUGACUUCUUUGAGUCGUUACAUAAAGGCCAUGCUUUCCACAUUCUGAAUAACACCACCAUCCAGUUUGAAUUGGAAAAGAUACCACUAGAGAGAGAUUUGGAUUUAGCUUUUCCUCUCAGUAAUGAAGACUUUGGAAUAUCAAGCAUUAUGAAGAUUGAAGGGAAAUUUGUGAACCCUCUUCAGGUGGUAUUAGCAAAACACGUGUAUGAACAAGUCCUGCAGACUCUGGAUAAUUUAAUUUACAGUGAAGACUUGAACAAAUUUCCAGCCACUUCUGUAUCUUCAACUUGUCAUAGUUCUCCUUCAGCAUCACUGCAUAGUACAGGCACAGAAUUCCCAAGUGAACAGAAGGAAAAUGGCUUAUUCAGCCAUUCUAAUUUUAGUUCUGUUCCAAACAAGUCGUUAGCUAUUAGGGAAACAAAAUCUUUUACUCAGAUUCAAGCAAACUUUCGUGUCUCAGAGCUCCAGGUUCAGUUAAGUGGUGACCUUACACUUGGUGCACAAGGCCUUGUCAGCCUUAAGUUUCAGGAUUUUGAUGUUGAGUUUGCUAAAGAUCAUCCUCAGACUUUGUCUAUUCAGAUUGCCUUGCGUUCUCUGCUAAUGGAAGAUCUUCUGGAAAAAAAUCCAGACUCUAUGUAUAAGAAUCUCAUGGUGUCCCGUGGAGCACCCAAGCCAUCCAGUUUAGCACAGAAGGAGUAUCUUUCACAGUCUUGUCCCUCGGUAUCCAAUGUAGAAUAUCCAGAUAUGCCACGUUCCUUACCUUCCCAUAUGGAAGAAGCACCCAAUGUCUUUCAGCUAUACCAAAGACCAGUUUGUGCCUCCCGUAAGAAGCAGAAAGAUGAUGCUGAUUCGGAGUAUCCUCUGACUCCACCUCCUUCUCCAACAGCAGACAGAUCCAAGUUGCCCUGUGGAAAAAGUAACUUUGAUGAUUCAUUAGUUCAUAUCAAUAUAUUUCUAGUGGAUAGGAAACAUCCUGAAUUUUCUUCUCACUAUAACAAAAUUAACCGUAGUGUAGAUGUUGAUUUUAAUUGUCUAGAUGUCUUAAUAACUUUGCAAACUUGGGUAGUGAUACUGGAUUUCUUUGGGAUUGGAUCCACUGCUGAUAACCAUGCUAUGAAGCUGCAGCCUGAAGAUACUCAGCAGACAAUCAAAUCAGAAAUAAAUACCUUGUCAGCUUCUCAAGCCCAAGAGCCCGUAAACACUAAACUGGAUCUGAAGGUCCAUUCUUUAUCGUUAGUACUGAAUAAGACAACUAGUGAGCUUGCUAAAGCCAGCGUGUCAAAACUUGCAGCUCAUUUGGAAGUGAUUGAGGGAGAUUUAGCCUUGCAAGGAAGUAUUGGAAGUCUGUCCUUAAGUGACCUUACAGCUCAUGGAGAAUUUUACAGGGAACGUUUCACUACAAGGGGUGAAGAGGCGCUCAUUUUCCAAGUCUACAAAUAUGGGAGGCCAGAUCCAUUUCUACAGAGGGAGUGUGAUAUUCGUGUCACUCUACGAAUGGCAUCUGUUCAAUAUGUGCAUACUCAGCGUUUCCAGGCAGAGGUGGUGUCUUUCAUCCAACAUUUUACUCAGCUUCAGGAUGUCUUGGGGAGGCAAAGAGCAGCAAUUGAAGGACAAACAGUAAGAGAUAAAGCACAGCGAGCUUCCCGAGUUCUUCUUGAUAUUGAGGCUGGUGCUCCUGUUCUACUUAUACCUGAAAGCUCGAAGUCUAACAGUCUUAUUGUAGCUAAUCUUGGAAAACUGAAGGUUAAGAACAGAUUUUUGUUUGCGGGUAUGCCGGGUACUUUUUCAUUAAAGAACAAGGAUUCGGUUCAAUUUUCGUCUCCGUUGGGGACCCCAAAACAUAGCAUGAAGAAAACAACAAGUGCUGAUGAAUCAAAAAUAGUGACGGAAGGAUUGUUCAUGAAAAAAUCAUCAGGAACAAACAUUUCUAGGCUGAAGAGUGAGCCUAUGCUGAAUACACUGAGUAAGCAACAAGGGCAACAAUCAAAGCUACCUAUUGUACCAAACCCUGACAGCCCAGAGGAUCACAUCUGCCUGUUAGACUGCAUUGUGGUUGAUCUGCAGGACAUGGACAUAUUUGCUGCCGAAAGGUAUCAGAGAGAGUAUUCAAAGGCUGUGGAAGAUACAAGUGCCGACUUGAGCUUUCCAUCCUACUUCGUGAGGCAGACAGGAGGAAGCCUAUUAACAGAACCUUUCAGAUUGAAGUUACAAGUGGAGAGAAACUUAGACAAAGAGCUAAGUCAUGCAGUUGCAGACAUAUCAAUACAUGGCAAUCUGUCAUCAGUCCAUUGCUCUCUGGAUUUGAAGAAGUAUAAACUGAUACGUGGACUGCUGGAGAACAACCUUGGGGAGCCCAUAGAAGAGUUCAUGCGGCCUUAUGAUUUGCAGGAUCCAAGAAUUCAUACAGUUCUGAGUGGAGAAGUGUAUACUUCCAUGUCAUUCCUCAUUGACAUGGUUAAUGUGAGUCUGGAACUGAUGGAUCCAAAAGGAAAAGAUGCAUGCAGCUCUUUAGCCAGGUUUGAUUUUAAGAAAUCCAAGUUGCUUUUUGAAAGCUCUUCAAAUGGAACAAAGUCUGUAAAUUUGGUUUCUCAUUCCAUGAUGGCAUUUGACACACGUUAUGCUGGACAGAAGUCUGCUGCAGGCAUGCCAAAUGUGUUCAGUUGUAUCUUUCAGUCAUCAAAGAAUACUAGUAGUCCGGGAGCAAUCCAGAUUGAAUUGCACUUCAGGUCUACUAAGGAUUCCUCCAGUUUCACAGUUGUUCUGAACAAUCUUCGUGUAUUUCUGAUAUUUGACUGGUUGUUACUUGUUCAUGACUUUUUAUAUACUCCUGGAGAUAACAAAAAGCGGGAAAAUCACCUUUCUGCCCGGCAACGGACUUACAGCAGUGACCCAGCUGUAGUUCCAAAAACAGUGAAAAGUGGAGUAGUUACAAAACGUUCAUCACUACGUGUGUCUGCAGAAAAACAACUGGAAGUUAAGGUUAAUGUGACAGGAACUGAAUUUGUGGUCGUUGAAGAUAUGUCUUGUUUCGAUACCAAUGCAAUUAUUCUGAAGGGGACUACUGUUCUCACUUACAAACCCAAGUUGUUAGAUCGUCCUUUCUCUGGUAGUUUGUUUGGCAUUGAGGUUUUCUCAUGCCGAUUGGGAAAUGAGCAAGAGACCGCACUGUCAAUUAUUGAUCCAGUACAAAUUCAGAUGGAACUUGUUGGGAAUGCUUCCUACUCAAUUGGCUCAGGACUGUUGGAUGCUUUUAAUAGUGAGGAUUUUCCGCCUAUUUUAGAGAUUCAGUUGCAAGCCCUGGAUAUCAGGCUGUCCUACAAUGAUGUUCAACUGUUCUUGGCAAUUGCAAAGUCAAUUCCUCAACAGACUAGUGCAGCUAUGCCUGACACAGCUGUAUCGAUUGCUGAAAAUCCUGCUCACCCUUCCAGUUCAGCACUGGUGAAUGAGACUUCCUCCUUGACACAUGAAAACAAAGAGAUACCCAAACGUGUGUUGGAUCCUGUUCUUGAGGUACAGCUGGCUCGCCUCCAAGAGUUGGGAUUCAGUAUGGAAGAUUGUCGUAAAGCUCUUUUGAUCUGCAAAGGUGACUUGAAAAAGGCAGCAAGUUGGUUAUUUAAGAAUGCUGAACCUUUGAAAUCAGUUUCUGUGACCUCUUCUGGUCAAGAUGGCCAGGGGAUUGUGCCUUUUCAGUUCAUCUCUGGAGUGGAAAUAAAAGCAGAAAGUAUAUGCAUUUGCUUUAUUGAUGACUGCAUGGACUGUGACGUUCCUCUUGCCGAGUUAACCUUUUCACGUUUGAAUUUUCUCCAACAUUUGAGAGCCAACCCUGAAGGCUACGCUCAUUUUACACUGUCUGGAGAUUAUUACAAUCGUGAGCUUUCAGGCUGGGAGCCAUUUAUUGAGCCAUGGCCGUGUGCAGUUUCUUGGCAGCAGCAAGCUUCGAGCCGCCUCCACCCUUCCCGUCUGAAGCUGGAAAUAAAGGCUAAGCACCGUUUGGAUAUAAACAUUACCUCUGUCUUCAUUGAACAAUACACAUGUACCAAACAGUCAUGGAUGGAAGAUUACUGUAAACAGGACGAAGAAGUGAAUGUAAUCAGUUUGGAAGACUGGAUGGGUUCUUCGGUGGAUCCACCAUGUUUUGGGCAGAGCCUUCCUCUUGUCUACCUUAGAACUAGGAGUACAGCCAGUUUGACUAACCUAGAGCAUCAAGUCUAUGCUAGAGCUGAAAUGAAGACUCCAAAACGCAGGCAGCCAUUUGUCCCAUUUGCUCUGAGAAAUCAUACUGGAUGCGCUCUGUGGUUUGCCACCCUAACUACAACGCCCACCCGGGCUGCACUGUCUCACAGUGGGAGUCCAGGUGUUGUUCCUGAGGAGAACAGGACAUUGCUGGAUGAUGCCCAUAAUGUCAGUGAAUGGCAAGAAGUUAUCACCGGGGAAGAGGUUCCAUUUGAAUUUGAAGCCAGAGGGAAACUCAGACACAGGCACACACAUGAUCUAAGAAUUCAUCAGCUGCAAGUGAGAGUAAAUGGCUGGGAAGAAGUCAGUCCAGUAUCUGUAGACAAAGUUGGAACAUUUUUCCGAUAUGCUGCACCAGAUAAGAACUCAUCCUCUUCUACUCUUGGAAGCCCAAUAAGUAGAACAAAUAUAAUACAUCCACAAGUCUACUUUUCUUCAUUGCCUCCAGUUCGUGUGGUCUUUGAAGUUACCAUGGAAGGUAGUGCUCGGAAGGUGAUAACAGUACGCUCAGCCUUGAUGGUGAAGAACAAGCUGGAAACGCCAAUGGAACUAAGACUAGAUAGUCCUUCUGCUCCUGACAAACCUGUAGUCCUUCCAGCAGUUAUGCCAGGAGAUUCCUUUGCUGUUCCAUUACAUCUGACAUCUUGGCGUUUGCAAGCCAGGCCAAAAGGAAUGGGAGUCUUUUUCUGUAAGGCUCCAAUUCACUGGACUGAUGUUCAGAAGACAGCAGAAGUUUGCAGUAGCAAGCGAGAGUGUCAUUCAAUGGAGUCUGAAAAUACCCGUUUUUUCAGGUUCUGUGUGGCUAUAAAGAAAGAAAAUUACCCGGAUUACAUGCCCUCCAACAUAUUUUCUGACAGUGCUAAACAGAUUUUCAGACAGCCUGGGCAUACUAUUUACCUCUUGCCAACGGUGGUAAUCUGUAACUUGCUGCCUUGUGAACUUGAGUUCUAUGUUAAAGGAAUGCAAAUUAAUGGGACGUUAAAACCUGGCAAAGAGGCAGCAUUGCACACAGCCGAUACAUCUCAGAACAUUGAGCUUGGGGUAUUGCUAGAAAACUUCCCGAUCUGCAAAGAGCUGUUGAUUCCUCCUGGGACACAAAACUACAUGGUGCGGAUGCGAUUGUAUGAUGUCAACAAACGACUGCUAAAUUUGACCAUAAGGAUUGUAUGUCGUGCUGAAGGUUCUCUAAAAAUACUGAUUUCAGCACCAUAUUGGUUAAUCAACAAGACAGGAUUGCCACUUAUCUUCAGGCAAGAUAAUGCAAAAACCGAUGCUGCAGGUCAGUUUGAAGAGCACGAGCUUGCUAGGAGCCUCAGCCCACUUCUGUUCUGUUACGCUGACAAAGAACAGCCAAACUUUUGUACAAUGCGGGUUGGCAAAGGGAUCCAUCCUGAAGGUAUGCCUGGCUGGUGCCAGGGUUUCUCCCUGGACGGUGGUAGUGGUGUCAGAGCCCUUAAAGUGAUCCAGCAUGGGAACCGGCCAGGCCUCAUUUACAACAUCGGUAUUGAUGUUAAAAAAGGUAGAGGCCGUUAUAUUGAUACAUGCAUGGUAACAUUUGCACCCCGUUACCUGUUAGAUAAUAAAUCAACCUACAAGCUUGCCUUUGUUCAGCGGGAGUUCGCCAGAGGUCGGGAUAUGUUUCUACCGAUUUCUGUUGCUAGGGAACAUCCAAUCAGACUAAUGGAUGUCCCGAACUGCAUUUGGUCUGGGGGCUUUGAAGUCAACAAAAAUAACUCGUUCCAUAUUAAUAUGAGGGACACCCUGGGAAAAUGUUACUUCUUAAGAGUAGAAAUUACUCUGCAGGGAGCUACAUACCACAUUGCGUUCAGUGACACAGAUCAGUUACCACCACCUUUCCGCAUAGACAAUUUCUCCAAGGUCCCAGUCGUUUUUAAUCAGCAUGGUGUUGUCGAGCCCAGACUAUACACUGAAGUGAAGCCCAUGACCUCUCUGGAUUAUGCAUGGGAUGAACCUGUUCUACCACCUUUUAUAAUGGUGACAGUUAAAGGGGCAGGCUCCUCGGAAAUCAUCUGUAGCAUGAAUGACUUGCAAGAUAGCAAGCAGCUUUACUAUGAAAACUUCAUUUAUAUUGCUGCUGCCUAUACUUUCUCAGGUUUACAGGAGCCAAGUGUAAGACCAGUUGCUUCGAAUAAAGAUGCUGCAUAUGCAGAGCUUGUCCUUGAUGUUUCUCCAAAGACUCAACGAGUUGUUCUGAAAAAGAAGGAGCCAGGAAAACGAUCCCAGCUUUGGAGAAUGAUGGGCACAGGAAUGCUUUGCCAUGAAGGCUCUUCCGUUCCUCAUAACCCCCAUAAACCUUCUCCUCGGUCUGUGGACUCGUGUAUGAUUUUGGAUAUUGCAGGUCUGGCAGCUGUCACAGAUAACAGGUACGAGCCCCUGAUGUUGAGAAAGCCUGAUCGGCGGCGCAGUACUACCCAGACGUGGAGUUUUCGUGAUGGGAAGCUGACCUGUGGUAUUCAUGGACUUGUUGUCCAGGCAAAGGGAGGAAUACGAGGUCUUCAUGAUGGAGCAGAAGUUGUUCUUGGUCCUGAUACUUCGCUUGAACUUUUGGGGCCAGUUCCACCUGAACAGCAGUUCAUAAACCAGAAGAUGAGGCCUGGGUCAGGAGUACUAGCUGUGAGAGUCAUCCCGGAUGGGCCGACUAGGGUUCUACAGAUAACAGAUUUUAACCAACGUAGAAAUGAUCGUUUAUCCAGUGAAGGAGGUGAACUUCCAGUUACGGAACAAGAUCUGCGGAAGUUAAAAAAUCCACACACAAAGCAGGAGUUAGAAGUGCUUGUGAAACUGGAAGGUGGAAUAGGGUUGUCUUUGGUCAACAAAGUUCCUGAAGAGCUAGUAUUUGCAAGCCUCACAAGAAUUAAUGUCCACUACACACAACUGUCGACAAGUCAGGUGCUGGAGCUCAGUGUGCAAGACAUACAGGUGGACAACCAGCUUAUUGGCACCACACAGCCUUUUAUGCUCUUUCUGACACCGAGAAUGAGUGAAAAUGAACCCGUGGAGACUGGUCCUGCUGUGCAAGUAAAUGCAAUGAAAUUUCCCAGUAAAAAUGCACUGACUGAUAUAUACAAGCAUCUGAUGAUCACUGCUCGCAAGUUCACAGUUCAAAUUGAGGAAAAACUGCUUCUGAAGCUGUUGAGUUUCUUUGGCUAUGAUCAGUCUGAACCAGAAGUUGAAAACUAUGAUGAAAACCUCCAUGACAAGGUUAUUGAACAAGGUGGAGCACAAAAGCGAUACUACUUUGAAAAUCUGAAAAUUAGUGUGCCUCAAAUAAAGUUGAGUGUCUUCACUUCCAACAAGCUGCCUUUGGAUCUCAAGGCGUUGAAAAGCACCCUGGGAUUUCCUCUAGUCCGAUUUGAAGAUGCUGUGAUUAAUCUGGAUCCUUUCACUAGGGUCCAUCCAUAUGAAACUCAGGAGUUUAUCAUUAAUGACAUUCUGAAACACUUUCAACAGGAGCUGCUUAGCCAGGCAGCAAGGAUUCUUGGUUCUGUGGAUUUCCUUGGCAGCCCUAUGGGUCUGUUGAAUGAUGUUUCAGAAGGUGUUACUGGACUUAUAAAGUACGGCAAUGUUGGUGGUCUCAUAAGAAAUGUCACACAUGGAGUAUCAAACUCUGCUGCAAAGUUCGCCGGGACUUUGUCAGAUGGUUUGGGAAAGACAAUGGACAACAGACAUCAAACCGAACGCGAAUACAUCCGAUACCAUGCUGCGACUAGUGGAGAACAUCUUGUAGCUGGAAUCCAUGGGCUUGCACAUGGUAUCAUUGGCGGAUUGACAAGUGUAAUAACUUCAACAGUUGAAGGUGUGAAAACUGAAGGCGGUGUCAGUGGUUUCAUAUCGGGCCUUGGGAAAGGGCUGGUUGGCACAGUAACCAAACCUGUGGCUGGAGCUCUGGAUUUCGCAUCGGAAACUGCACAGGCUGUGAGGGACACUGCAACGCUAAGUGGCCCCAGGACACAAGCGGAGAGAGUGAGAAAGCCACGCUGCUGUAGAGGACCUCAAGGGCUCUUGCCCCGCUACUUAGAAAGUCAAGCAGAAGGCCAAGAACAGCUGUUCAAACUGACUGACAACAUCCAAGAUGAGUUCUUCAUUGCAGUGGAGAACAUAGACAGCUAUUGUGUUCUCAUUUCGUCUAAAGCUGUUUAUUUCCUGAAGAGUGGUGACUACACAGACCGCGAGGCCAUCUUCCUAGAAGUCAAGUAUGAUGAUCUCUACCACUGCCUUGUUUCAAAAGACCAUGGGAACGUGUAUAUACAGUUGACGAAGAAAGCUGUUAAUACAAGCAGUGGUGUAGCAAUGCCAGGCCCAUCACAACAAAAACCAAUGGUGAAAGUGAAAUCUGAAGUUCUUGCAGUAAAGCUGUCUCAAGAAAUAAACUAUGCAAAGAGCCUUUAUUAUGAACAACAGCUUAUGUUAAGACUCAGUGAAAAUCAAGAACAAUUAGAGCUGGACUCUUGAAACCUCUUCCUUACUGCCAGAGUGAAGUGCAAGUAUCAGUCUGGAGCUGAUGGUAUUCUGUAACUAGAGAAAGUACUGCACGGGAAAGAAGUAUGAUUUUAGGAUUUAGCUAAAUGGAAUCAUUGUGCAUAAGAAAACAAGUGAGGUGGGCUCUUUUUUUUUUUUGAGCAUUAGUUGUACAACAAAGAUACAGCUGAAAUGCAUUUAGUUCUGGGAGAAGCCCUGUAUUUUGCUAACAUGUAUAUAUGUAAAAGUGUUUCAUGUAAAUAAGAAAGUACAGACCAGGGUGUUUGGUAUAAAUAGAAGUCUGUUUACUGUGUAAAGAAAUUAAAGGAGCUAUACUGAGUCUUACUGCA